CUGUUGCUAGGGCCAGGGAGCUCUGCAAGGCUCCCAUUAGCCAGUCACACGGGGAGGGACCGGAUGACCUCACGCUGGCCCGGACUCUGCUGCCAUUAAAACCGGGUCCCUUUGCCACAGCGGUAGCGUUGUCUCCGGAUCCGCAAGGCAUUUUCGCAGCCGAGAAAGCGAACUCCAGCCUGAAAGUCCACAGCAGAAAAGAAGAUGCGCGCACUCAUUCCAGAGCCCAAGCCUGGAGACCUGAUCGAGAUUUUCCGUCCCUUCUACAGACACUGGGCCAUCUACGUUGGCGAUGGAUAUGUGGUCCACCUGGCCCCCCCAAGCGAAAUCGCUGGGGCAGGUGUGGCCAGUGUCAUGUCUGCCCUGGCCGACAAGGCGAUAGUGAAGAAGGAACUACUGUACGAUGUGGCCGGGAGAGACAAGUACCAGGUCAACAACAAACAUGAUGACAAGUACCCGCCGCUGCCUCCCAGCAAAAUCGUCCAGCGGGCGGAGGAGCGGGUGGGGCAGGAGGUCCUCUACAAGCUGACCAGCGAGAACUGUGAGCACUUCGUCAAUGAGCUGCGCUACGGGGUCUCACGCAGCGACCAGGUCAGAGACGCCAUCACGGCAGUUAGCAUCGCAGGAGUGGGCUUGGCAGUCGCGAGCCUCAUCGGAGUUAUGGUCUCAAGAAACAAGCGACAAAAGCAAUAAGUUGAAGGGACCGUCCUGACAGCAAUUACUUUAUACAUCAAGGCGUGGGGGGCUUGUUUUGCUAGAGCUUUUGAGGUCUGGUUUAUGGAUUUCAUUCUGUUUUUAUAAUAAGGCUUAUUUUCAUAGAAUUAAAUAAAGCCCAAUAAGGGAAGAUUUUAUUGGGGGAAAUGCAGCAAAAA